AUGGCUGAAACUGUUGUAGUAACUACAACUGCUGAAGAAAAAUCCACACCGCCAGUCGCAGCACCACCUACAGAAGCACCUCCACAACCCACAAAAAUGGCAGACAAAACAGCGGCUUCAGAAGCACCACCACCAGGCUCAAAAGCACUUCUUAAAGCAAAAACUAUUUCGGGCUUAUUAACAAUGUUGUCUUUCAUUCUCUCCCUUCCUAUUCUCGCCGCAGUCAUAUGGCUUCUCUACAUGAGAGACUCCGACUGCGAGGCUCUCUUGAGGCUUCCUCAACUGCAAUUCGAGAUCGGCAUUGCGUUGAUCUUCAUGUUCAUUAUCUGCAUCGCCGCUUUGUUCUUGCGGCAGCGGUUUCCAAUGCCCGGUUUCCUCCUGGUUAUGGUGCCAUUGCUGGUGAUGCUCGUCGUUGGACUUGCCCUCGUGGGGGCUUAUAAUAUGGAGAGCAGAAGAAUUCCUGCUUCACCCAAGUGGUUGAGGGCGAAGAUUGUAGAUGAUCUGAACUGGAACCGUAUUAAAUCUUGCAUUUAUGAGACAAGAACUUGUGAUGAUUUGUUUUCAAGAUCAAGUGCCUAUCAAUCUUAUGAUUUUACUAUUAGCAAGUUAACUUCCAUUGAGGCCGGCUGUUGCAAGCCACCAUCAACCUGUCAGAUGGAGUUUGUGAAUGCAACCUUUUGGAGGAAAAAUGAUGCAGCCAUGAACGACUCUGGUCCUCGUGAUUCAGACUGUGAUAUAUGGACAAAUGAUAGAACCAUUUUGUGCUACAAUUGUCAGGCUUGCAAAGAAGGAUUUGUAAAAACUUUGAGAGGCAAAUGGCGGAAGCUUGGCCUCUUCCUGGUUUUAAUGGCCUUAUUGCUCAUUGUUUCUCAUUUGUUGCUCUUCACUGCCACCAUGUUGGAGCAUUUUGGAAGUUAG